AUGUAUCCUGUCGACGAACAGAUUGCCAAUUUAGGGUUGCAAUCCAAUUACUGGAGAAUCAACUAUGCUGAACCCCAAAGAAACCAGUCUCCACUCAGAUGUCUUGAUGUCAGCAGCGACUUAAUUGCUGUUGGUUCCACUUUGUCUUCUGGAAACGUCCAGAUCUUCAGAGUGGACGCCGAACAGAGUCUGCUUGGUCAUCUGGCUACCUUCAAUGCAACCAAUAUUCGGACUCUCAAAUGGCUUAACAACGUCAUUGAGGAUUCUGAUGAUAUCAGUCUCAUCCUCACUGGUGACUCAAGCGGUCUUGUUAAUCUGAACCUCAUUCCCAACUUGAGAAACCCUAAUUUUGAAAGCGUUCAGAUUAUCAAACAGUUUAACCAUGAGAAACAUUGUUCACAAUCGUUCGCCAGGGAAGGACCUUUCCAAAUUGAUGUCACCCCAAAACUCUGGAAGUCUUGUCCAACAAAUUCGAUGGUCUCCACGUACAAAGAAACCGUGUUUUUGUGGGAUACUUCUAGAUCCUCAAGCCCUGUCUUCACAAAGCAAGUCAAAGGAAUAAGCGCAAUUGACGUCAACAAGAACGAAGACGGUAUAGUUGCACUUGCUGGAUCGUUUGGGGUCAGUCUACUUGACAUGAGACUCUCUGCCAAGUCUGGACUGUCUUCAUCUAGUUUCCUGUCGCAUAAACAUAUCCCUACCAAAAAUGUGAAGUGGUGCUCAGACGACUCGAAAUAUUUGUGUGCUGCCGGAAAAAACAACGAGCUCCAGCUUUGGGACGUCCGCUCACAAAAACCACUCUCUAUCAUGAAAGGUCAUUCGGCCGGGAUAUCGUCGAUUGAAUGGACCUCUUCCACAGACAUCUUUUCUGGGUCUGACGAUGGAACUCUGAUCCACUGGAACUUGAAGGACAUCAACACAAAGAAUAAGCCGUUUAUCUGUUCUGCAGACCGGAACGACUUCGAGUCUCACCAGUGUGGAACACCAAUUGAGGCCUCCAACACCGGAAUCGUGAGUUUGAAAUCCACUAACAGAAAGCUGAUCAGUAUGGACGCAAACUAUGUUGGUCUGCACCACACUUCUCCACGGAAAACCAGUCGACAAUUCAGCGACUCGGAUGCUACCUUAGUGGAAGUACCUGAUGAUUCGUCUAUUGAUAAACUGUUGGAACAGCUUAGACUGUACACCACCGACGGUACAGACAUAUAUUUGUAA